UAUUUUGUUCAAUAUAUUAUUAUACCUUUGCGCCGUUGACUCUUCUAUAAAAAAAAAUAUGAAAUUUCAUAUUCUUACCUUAAACAGAAGAGCACCUCGUCUAGGAGUUUUAAAAGAUGUCGAGGACAGACCUAAUGUGCAAAUAGAGACUCCAGUGGCGCUUUUACACACCCAAGGGGGUCAUAUACCGCACGUUACACACGAAGUGUUUAAAUUGGUGAGUAAUGAACCCCAAAUAUUACAAAUAUCUUUGGUUAGUAUGCACUGUUUUCAAGAAACGAUGGAGUAUUAUCACGGGGGUAUUUCAGAGUUUAUAGGUAGCAAAGACAGUUUAACUUGUCUCACAUUACAUGAUCCCAGUAAUAUUACAAAACAAGGACACCACGUUAAAGACAAAAUCCCUAUUUGGACCAAGCAUGGGAAGGUAUUAUAUAAUUCGGAAAUGUACAUGAACAUUGUAGAGCAUUUUAAACCUGACAUGUACUAUUUGUUAUCUGAUGGUGACACGAAUAAAACUAGUCCACAAAAACGUAUAUCGAAAGCUGUAGAAAACACGAUAAGUUUUAGCAAGCAGUGCCUUGAAAGACACAAAAAAUCGCAAUUAUUGAAAAACAAAUUCGUUAUGGCCCCCAUAGCGGGGGGAUAUUGUGUUAAAGCUAGAGAUAAAUGCAUCGAAGCUCUUUUGAAAGAAGGGGAUGUCUUCAGUGGUUUUUUGAUAGAUGGGUUACACAAUAACGGCCCUGAAGUUGAAUUUUUACCUUUUGCAGAAGUUAAAGGUGUGGUCAACUAUGUGGUAAAAAAGCUACCAGAUGAAAAAUUGAUUUCAGUACAGGGAUGUUGGAACCCCCUAAAUGUCAUAAAACUGGUGCAACUGGGCAUCGAUGUGUUCGACACAUCAUACUGUCGCAUUUUAACUGAACGUUCCUCAGCAUUGACUUUCAAUAUCGAAGAAAACGAAGAUGAAGAAAACUACGAAAUCAAUUUGAGGGAUUCAAAGUUUUCGGAAGAUUUCAAUCCCAUUUUCGAUGUGUGCAAAUGCCUGGCUUGCACUAAGUACUCCAAGGCAUACAUACAUCAUUUGUUGACUGUACAAGAGUUGCUUGCACCCGUUUUGAUUAUGAUUCACAAUAUUCAUCAUUAUUUAAGGUUUUUUAAGAAAAUUCGCGAGUGCAUUGGUAACAAUACGCUGGAGAGGCUGGAGGAACAAAUUUCGAAUCAGUACAAGAAACACCACGAUAAGAUACUCAAUAAAAACGAGGACGAGUACAGGAACGGCUUUUCUAGCGGCAACGAGAGCGAAGAAUUGUUGUGAGA